UGGUGGUGGGGGGGGGUGACCCCCUGGUCGGUAUAAUCCGAAGCAGCAGGGAGACCCUGGGCUCAGAUCGGUUCGGCUGCAGCGGAACUCGCCCCCAGGCGCCAUGAGCACCAGCGAGGCGAAGGACUACCUGGCCAGGAAAGACAUCCCCCAGCUGUUCGAGAGCAUGCUCACGGGGCUCAUGUUCCACCGGCCCGACGACCCCCUGGGCUUCCUGGAGGGCUGCGUGCGCCGCGUGCGCGACCUGGGGGGCCCCUCGCGCGUGCGCUGGGACACCUUCCUGGCCGCGGCCUCCGAGCGCCGAGCGCUGCCCCCCAUCAACGGCUCCCAGGCCAAGAAGGGGGUCUGCCGGCCGGCGGCAGCUGACGGGGGUCUGUCCGGUCUCCCCGGGCUCCCCGGGGGCGCCGGAGGAGUUGGGGUCUCGGGGGCAUCCGGGGUGGGGUCCGGGGUGGGGUCAGGGGGGGUCCCGCACCGCCGGUACGAGCGGCUGCCCCCGAUCCGGGCGCAGUUCUCCAUCGACAGCGACUCGGACCUCACGGAGACGUCGGGCCUCAUCCACGAAUACGACGUGUUCGACCCGAGCGCGGCGCGGCCCAAGAUCAUCUUCCUCAUCGGCGGGCCGGGCAGCGGCAAGGGCACGCAGAGCGCGCGCCUGGCCGAGCACUUUGGGCUGCUGUGGCUCUCCGUGGGCGAGAUCCUGCGGCAGAAGCUGCUGGAGCACGCGUCCAGCGACCGCAAGUGGGGCCUCAUCGCGCAGAUCAUCUCCAACGGAGAGCUCGCCCCACAGGACACGACCAUUGAGGAGCUCAAGCACCAGUUCUUGCAGCAGGCGGAGCGGCGUGGCUUCGUGGUGGACGGCUUCCCCCGCGACAUCGGCCAGGCGCUCGUGUUCGAGGAGCAGCUGGGCUCCCCGGACCUCGUGGUGCUGCUGCGCUGCUCCUCGGCGAGGAUGCGCGAGCGCCUCGAGCAGCGAGCGGCGCGGCACGGGCGGCCCGACGACAACGCGCGCGCCAUCGAGCGGCGCGUGCACACGCACCGGCACAACAUCGCGCCGCUCGCCAAGUACUACCGCGACAAGGGGCUCCUCGCCACGUUCGACGCGAACCGGGACGAGGGGGAGGUGUUCGCUGAUCUGGCCCAGGUCCUCGAGGAGAGGCUCUUCCCGCAGUGUCUGUCCUCGGCUGGUUUCGUGGAUCUGGACCUGAGUUUGAUUGGGGAGGCGGGAGACGCGGAGACCCAGAACCCAGACUCAGAGCGAUCAGACAUCACAGCAGCAGCAGAGAGGGACGACAGAGAAGGAGCCAUGGCAGUCCCGACCGAGCAGGCCGCGGCGGCCACCACCAGGGGGUCCACUCGCGACGGUCCCGACGAAGAUGAUCCCGCAAGUCCCGGCGUCUACCAGGACCUCGUCGAGCUGGCGCACGAGAAGGAGGAGGCCUCCGCCGCUGCCAGAGCGAGGCGUGGGGGGGACCCCGCGGCACGGGAAGACGCGGUCGCGGCCGACCGAGCCUCGGGCCCUCCCAGUCUCCAGCCGGACGAUGGCGACGACGACGUCGACGACGACGGCGAAGAUCUGUCGUUUGACGACCCGCCUUCACCCGAGAUGCCCCUGGGGGACGGGGACGGGCAGGAAGAGUCCCCCAUCGAGGCGGUGCACGUCUUCCCGCUGGUCGGGAACGAGGACGCGGCAGAGAAACUCAAAAACACCAAGAUCGUGUUCGUGGUCGGUGGCCCGGGCUCGGGGAAGGGCACGCAGUGCGAGAAGAUCGUGGCUAAGUACGGCUACACGCACCUGUCCACGGGCGACCUGCUGCGCGCGGAGGUCAUGUCGGGGUCGGAGCGCGGGAAGCACCUGAGCGACAUCAUGCAGCGCGGGGAGCUCGUGCCGCUGGACACGGUGCUGGACAUGCUGCGCGACGCUAUGAUCGCUAACGCCGACAAAUCCAAGGGUUUCCUGAUCGACGGGUACCCGCGCGAGGUCAAGCAGGGUGAAGAGUUUGAGAAGAAGAUCGCGCAGCCGGCGCUGCUGCUGUACGUGGAUGCGGGCAGCGAGACGAUGGUGAAGCGCCUGCUGAAGCGCGGCGAGACGAGCGGCCGCGUCGACGACAACGAGGAGACGAUCCGCAAGCGCCUGGGCACCUACUACUCGGCCACGGAGCCCGUGAUCGCCCUCUACGAGAAGCGCGGCAUCGUGCGCAAGAUCAACGCCGAGGGCUCGCCGGACGAGGUGUUUGCCCAGGUGUGCAAGGCGCUGGACUCCCUGAAGUAGCGGCGUCUCGACGAACUCGGAAGACGACCCAGAUCAUCGUCAUCACCUGCUCCACCCAACGAGAAUGAUCCCUAUUGCCACCGUCUUGCCGAGAGGCAUCAUCGUCAGCAUGAGCACUAUCUCAUCGUUUGUCAUCAUCGUCAUCGCCCCGUCACCUUCAUCGAAUCACCAUCAACCCUAUUGGCAUCAGCAUUGUCUUAAUCACCAUCAUCAUCUUCACCACCGCAACCACCAUCAUCAACACGAUCACGUAUGGCUUCCAUCAUAAUCGUCAUCUCCACCACCACCAUCAUCGUCAUCAUCACCGUCAUCGUCCGUACAAGAUCAGCAUCGAUUAAAAACCGUCCAUCUUAUGGUCUCAGCGUCUGCUGUUGCUCCGAGCGCGCGCCAGCGUCGCGGUGCCAACACGCCCGUCGGAAUCAUCUGGCGUCGCUUCCUUCCCCGUGUCCUCCCCAAACAGAUUCCGAGCGGCCUCCAGACGCGACCUCAGCCAAUUUUGCCGACAGUCUUAACUCUACCGCCUCCACUGCGUUUCGGAGUUUCUGUAAUAAAGGAUAUUUAUUGUUCUAUACACAAA